CUCCACCUUCAUAUCAUUAUCAUCAUCUUCUUUCAAACUCUCGCUCUCAAGCGAUUUUGCAUACGAUAUUCUCCCCGGUUUGCCGGUAUAUAAUACCCUUUUGCUGGCUUCUAUCCCGGUUCAUCUUUUGAAAUGAAAACUAUGGAAACCUCUUUCAGCUUCCGUGUCAUUUUCUUGCUCAUCCCCAUGCUGAACUCAGGUUCGGCAACUCUCCAAGUGGGAUUCUACCGCUACACUUGCCCGUCUGCAGAGUCCAUCGUUCGAAAAGCCGUGGACAAGGCGGUAGCCAGAAAUCCCGGCAUUGGCGCUGGCCUUAUUAGAAUGCACUUCCAUGAUUGCUUUGUUCGGGGUUGUGAUGCUUCGAUCUUGCUGGAUUCGACCCCAGGCAACCCAUCAGAGAAGGAACAUCCUGCGAACAACCCGAGCUUACAAGGUUUUGAAGUCGUUGAUGAGGCGAAGGCCGAGCUAGAGUAUUUAUGCCCCCAGACGGUCUCUUGUGCCGAUAUUCUCGCGUUCGCGGCCCGUGACAGCACCUACAAGCUUGGCAGCAUCAACUAUGCAGUCCCGGCCGGUCGCCGUGAUGGGCUAGUCUCACUCAGAGACGAGCCCUCCCAGAAUCUUCCUCCUUUCUUCUUCAAUGCGCAACAAUUAGAAGCCAAUUUCGCAAGAAAAGGCCUCUCUCUGGACGAAAUGGUGACACUAUCCGGUGCGCAUUCGAUUGGAGUCUCGCAUUGUUCCUCCUUCUCGAACCGCUUGUACUCCUUCAAUAACACGCACAAGCAAGACCCUUCCAUGGACCCCAAGUUCGCCCAUGGACUGAAAGCAAGGUGUCCAAACAAUGGAGGCGCAAGCGAUCCGACAGUCCCCUUGGACAUUGUCACACCCAACAGGAUCGACAACAAGUACUACACUAAUUUGAAGAACCACCGAGGCCUAUUGACUUCCGAUCAGACGCUUUUCGAAAGCUCUUCGACGGCUAAUAUCGUGAGGAAGAACGCGCAUAACGGUGGAGCAUGGGCUAACAAGUUCGCAGCGGCAAUGGUGAAGAUGGGAUCGAUCGAGAUUCUCACCGGGAGCCAGGGCGAGAUUAGGAGGAGUUGCAGAGUUGUGAACUAGCAGACGCUCCAAAGGUUGAUUAGAACAUGUAUACGGUUUUAUUUCAAGUGUGUAUUUGGUUUUUUUUUUUCCUGAACUUCAAGUGUGU